CCGCCUCCGCCCAGUUCUUGUUCCAGCUCCUGCUCCACUUCCAGCAGCCGCCGCUUCCAGGAGAAUCACUUCCCUGCCAGAGUUCCAGAUCGCUUGUUGACGGCCGGAUGGGGGAGGCGUCAUCACCGGCGAUCGCCAACGACGUCACCGAGCUGAUCGGGAACACGCCGCUGGUGUACCUCAACACGGUCACCCAUGGAUGCGUGGCGCGCGUCGCCGCCAAGCUCGAGUCCAUGGAGCCCUGCUCCAGCGUCAAGGACAGGAUUGGAUACAGCAUGAUCACUGAUGCAGAGGAGAAGGGGUUCAUAACCCCAGGCACGAGUGUGCUGAUUGAACCAACCAGUGGAAACACAGGCAUUGGACUGGCCUUCAUGGCUGCUGCAAAGGGUUACAAACUUGUACUUACGAUGCCUGCCUCCAUGAGUAUGGAGAGGAGAAUCAUAUUGAAGGCUUUUGGUGCUGAACUGAUCCUUACUGACCCACUCUUGGGAAUGAAAGGAGCUGUCAAAAAGGCUGAAGAGCUGGCAGCAAAGACACCCAACUCGUACAUCCUUCAGCAAUUCGAGAAUGCUGCUAACCCAAAGAUUCACUACGAGACAACUGGGCCUGAAAUCUGGAAAGGCACAGGAGGGAAAAUUGAUGGCCUUAUAUCUGGCAUUGGGACAGGUGGUACCAUUACUGGAUCCGGACGAUACCUCAAAGAGCAAAAUCCUAAUAUUAAAUUAUAUGGUGUGGAGCCGACAGAGAGUGCUGUCUUAAAUGGUGGAAAGCCUGGGCCACACAAGAUCCAGGGAAUUGGAGCUGGUUUUAUCCCUGGUGUCUUGGACGUUGACAUCAUUGAUGAAACCAUACAAGUUUCAAGUGAUGAAUCUAUUGAGAUGGCCAAGUCCCUUGCUCUGAAAGAAGGAUUGCUGGUUGGAAUAUCUUCUGGCGCUGCUGCGGCUGCAGCAAUCAAGGUUGCUCAGAGGCCUGAGAAUGCAGGAAAACUUUUUGUCGUUGUAUUCCCGAGCUUCGGAGAACGCUACCUCUCGUCGGUGCUCUUCCAUUCCAUCAAGAAGGAGGCUGAGAGCAUGGUGGUCGAGUGACCAUCGAGUCCUAAACCGCGAAACUGCUAGAACUAUUUUCGGAUGACGAUCUCUCUGUCCCUAGGAGUCAGGCAGAAAUAAAGCUUUGGUGUCUCUGCUUGUGUUGGUCCGACAUACAAGUCCUAUCAAGCUUUGGUGUCAAGUUUAAUUCCACUUUGUGUAGCAAGCAUUGGAUAAUACUUUCAUACUUUGUGUCGACCUUCUGCUGUUUUCCAAUUUGCAUUCUCUCUCUCCCCUGUACAUUGAACUCCUCAGUGGUCAAGCCGGUGUGAAAAUAAAGUAUCAUGGUGCCCUACA